UUGAAUCAUAAGCUUGACUUUGGCUAUUUAUUAUUCGAUUUUAGUUUUCAUUUCGUUUCCCAAGUGAACACAUUACAAUUCGAAUUGGUUCCGCGUGGAUACUUCAUCAAACAAAACCAAAAUAAAGGCAAAGAAAGGAAAGAAAACCAAAGAGCAAACAAAAGUGGAUAUAUUUUUGGAUAGAAAAAUAGUGCGAGAAAACCACAUAGAAGCACGCACUUUAUUCACAACAAGCUGGGCAAUUGUAUGGAUUCAACGGUUGUUGUUCAACCGAACAAACAAAUGAACAAAAUGGCAGGCGAAAAAACAAUGCCCAUUCUACAUUAUUUGCCACCGAGUCCACCGUGUCGCACCGUUUUACUGCUGGGCAAACUGCUGAACAUCGAUUUUGAUUUACGAUUAAUCGAUAUAGUCAAAGGCGAACAUUUGAAACCAGAAUACAUUGAGAUUAAUCCACAGCAUACAGUUCCAACGCUUGAAGACCAUGGUUUAGUACUUUGGGAAAGCCGUGUAAUUAUCACUUAUUUGACGGCCGCAUAUUCAAAAGAUGACACUUUGUAUCCACGUGAUGUUCGUAUGCGAGCUCUAGUUGAUCAACGUCUUUCAUUUGACUUGAGCACACUAUAUGCACGUUUGGCUGACUAUUAUUUCCCAGUUCUGUUCCGUGGCCAAGAAUUGGAUGAAACAAAACUGCAGAGAUUACACGAAGCAUUGGGAUUCUUUGAGGCGAUGCUAAAGGGUCGAACUUGGGCCGCUGUAAAUAAUUUCACUUUGGCUGAUUUGUCUCUGACAGUGACCGUUGCUCAAAUUGAAUCGCUCGAAUGCGACUUGGAGCCGUACACAAGAAUUCGCACUUGGCUACAGCGUUGCAAAGAUCAUUUGCGCCCAUAUGGAUAUGACGAAAUUCAGAAAGGCUCUGAAGAUUUAGCAGCAUUUUUUCGCAGCAAAAUCAACUCGUAGAAGCAAAGUUGUGGAAUGAAAUUCACUUCAAAUCUAAGUUCAACCAUUCAAUUAUCUCCUUAACAUAACGCAUAAAGCUCUCCAUAUAGACCAUAGUAUAAAUGCUAGUGAUACAAUCUGUAGAAUACCAUUGAAAAUCAUAGAAAACUAGUUUUCAUGAUAAUCAAUAAAAUUGAAUGAUUUCCGUUUAACAAGCACCAAAUUUAAAACAAUUUGUAUUGUGAACUGUUUGAGUUUUCUGUUAUU